AUGGCGAUUGGUCGCGUCUCGUUUGGGGGUGACCUUUCAAUUCAAACCUCGAUUCUUACUUUGGGCGCGAUUACUCUGUACUCUAUCAUUGCCGGAUGGAGGGCCGCUCGCCAGCACAAGAUUGAAGAGCAUAAAAUAUGGAUGAUCAGGGCUUGGGCAUACCAGAUGGCGAUUGUCACAAUGCGCGUGAUCAUCCCAAUCACCUUGAUAGCACUCCAACUAAGGGGCGGAUACUAUACAUCACUAUCUUGCGAUGAGGUCUCCAACUCGCUCAACAACACCGACCAAUUCGUCCGUGAGUAUCCACAAUGUCAACCUGAUUGGGCCGGUAAACCGGUCGAAUACGUCUCUGUCGAGGCUGGAUUUGAGGAAGGUCUUCGUUUGGCGGCUGGAAUGCGCGCGACAUUUGGUAUGGCUGGUUGGGUAUCAGUUUGGAUUCACUUUGUUGGACGUAAGGAGCGGGUUGCCUUCGAUAAGAUCACAGCUCGCAUUACAAAGCUCUGCUAUGGUCUCGAUCGCAAUCAUGUUGACCCAAUCGAGGUUACCAAGAAAGUAAUUGCUGGCGUUUAUGCAGGAGUUACGACCGUAGAAUUGGACAAUCUCGCAUCUGAGACCGCCGCCUAUCUGACCACCAAGCAUCCCGAUUAUGCUAUCCUCGCUGCACGCAUCGCCAUUAGCAACCUCCAUAAAGAGACCAGGAAGAACUUCAGCGCUGUCAUUGCGGACCUGUACAAUUAUGUCAACCCUAAAAACGGCCGCCCAGCGGGUAUGAUCAGCAAGGAGACAUACGAGAUUGUGCAGGAAAAUGCUGCCGCUCUCGAUUCUGCAAUGAUAUACGAGAGAGAUUUCCAUUACAACUUCUUCGGGUUCAAGACUCUUGAGCGCUCAUAUCUCCUUCGAAUUAACGGCCGAGUGGCGGAGAGGCCCCAACACAUGCUUAUGCGUGUAGCCGUUGGUAUCCAUGGAAGGAAUAUUGAUCGGGCUAUCGAGACUUAUAACCUCAUGAGUGAACGCUAUUUCACCCACGCGUCUCCAACCCUCUUCAACGCUGGGACACCACACCCACAACUUUCAUCGUGUUUCCUCGUGGCGAUGAAAGAUGACAGUAUUGAUGGAAUCUACGACACGUUGAAAACUUGCGCUAUGAUUAGCAAAACCGCUGGCGGUAUUGGGCUACACAUCCACAAUAUCCGUGCCACUGGCUCGUAUAUCGCUGGAACAAACGGCUACAGCAAUGGCAUUGUUCCCAUGCUGCGCGCCUACGACGCCACAGCCCGUUAUGUCGAUCAAGGUGGCAACAAGCGGCCUGGUGCAUUUGCUAUCUAUCUUGAACCGUGGCAUGCAGACGUGUUCGAGUUCUUGGAUCUCCGCAAGAACCAUGGCAAAGAGGAAGUUCGCGCUCGUGACUUGUUCUAUGCGCUCUGGAUCCCAGAUCUCUUCAUGCAACGCAUAGAAGAAGAUGGCGAUUGGACUCUGUUCUGUCCCAAUGAAGCUCCAGGCCUUGCGGAUGUUCAUGGAGCAGCGUUCGUUGAGCUUUACACCAAAUAUGAGAAGGAAGGUCGUGGUCGCAAGACUAUCAAGGCUCAGAAGCUCUGGUAUGCUAUCCUUGAUGCACAAAUUGAGACCGGAGGACCUUUUAUGCUGUAUAAGGAUGCGGCGAAUGCGAAAUCUAACCAGCAAAAUUUGGGAACCAUCAAGUCUUCGAAUUUAUGCACCGAGAUUAUCGAGUACUCUGCCCCAGAUGAAGUCGCGGUUUGCAACCUUGCCUCGAUUGCGUUGCCAACAUUUAUUGUCAACGAUCCUGCCGCACCUCAUGGCAAGCGCUAUGACUUCAAGAAGUUGCACGAAGUCACCAAGGUCGUUGCCAACAACCUAAACACUAUUAUCGACGUUAAUUACUACCCUGUUCCCGAGGCUCGCAAUUCGAACAUGCGCCAUAGGCCGAUUGGUAUUGGUGUACAGGGCCUUGCGGAUGCUUUUAUGUGCCUUAAAAUGCCUUUCGAGUCCCCAGAAGCCCGCGAACUCAAUCUUCUGAUAUUCGAGACAAUCUACCAUGCUGCUGUCGAAGCGAGUGUGGAGAUGGCUGAGGCUCAAGGCCCCUACUCGACCUUCCAAGGAUCUCCUGCAAGUCAAGGCAAACUUCAGUUUGACUUAUGGGGAGUCACUCCGUCAGGGCUUUGGGAAUGGGAGGAUUUAAAGGCUAAGGUUGUGCGGACGGGUCUUCGGAAUUCUCUUCUGCUCGCCCCGAUGCCUACGGCGAGCACCAGCCAGAUUCUGGGUUUCAAUGAAUGUUUCGAGCCCUACACUAGCAACAUUUAUACCCGCCGCGUGCUGGCUGGUGAAUUCCAAGUUGUGUGCCCAUGGCUCUUGAGGGAUCUUGUGAGCCUCGGACUUUGGGAUGAUGACAUGAAGAACAUGAUCAUCGCCUCAGGCGGCUCUAUUCAGAAUAUCAAUGGGAUACCUGAUGAUAUUAAGGCUAUCUACAAGACGGUUUGGGAAAUCAGCCAAAAGACUGUCCUCAAUUUGGCCGCAGAUCGGGGUGCGUUUAUCUGUCAGAGUCAAAGCUUGAAUGUCCACCUUCAGAGCCCCAAUGCUCGUCAAUUGACUAGCAUGCACUUUUACGGAUGGAAGAAGGGCCUCAAGACCGGCAUGUACUACCUCCGUACACGCCCAGCUGCUCAGGCAAUUCAGUUCACUGUUGACCAGAGCGUGAUCAAACAAGCCAACGCCGCGAAAAAGGCCGCCACCGCAACGCCAAUCAAACCCGAAGCUAACAAGGAAGCUGUUGUUUCGUCCUUGGCAGCUGCGUCAAACGUAUCCUUGGCCCCCACCUCGACCGACCCAACGGCAACUCCUACUAUCGCAGCUCUCCGAAACCUGAGUCUCGCUGACUCUGGUGCUCCAUCUCCUGCUAUUUCUACGGCCGCUGUCAACGGCUCUUCGCUCUCCCUCCCAAUCAGUUCAUCGGCAGGAACUCCAUCGGUAGCUGAAACCGCUCCAACCACCCUGUCAACGAGUGAAGGUGCAAGCACACCCUCGACUCAAACUCCCGCGCAAAUUGACCCCGAGUAUGCGGCCGCGUUGGAGCGCCAGCGUCAGCGCGAACUCGAACAGGCCAAACUGUACUGCUCGCUCGAAAACAAGGAGGCAUGUGAGAUGUGUUCUGGCUGA